UUUUGCUAAAGACCACCUCCUCCCGUUUAUGGUUUCCUUUUAUGGUUUCCUUUUUAACUUUAAACAUGUCAACUACUUAUCUUUUGCAGAAAUCAUUAAAAAUGUCAUUGGUCUCAGAAUUCUUGGGACAGCUCACGCUGAAUUUUGGCGGGGAGAGUGAGCCCAAAUUCCCCACUGUGGUGCCAGUAGCAGACUUCGACCCAGCCAAGGAUGCUACACGGAUUGAAACAGCCAUCAAAACUAAGGGUGUUGAUGAGCAGACCAUCAUAGACAUCUUGACAAGACGUAGCUACUCCCAGAGGAGAGAAAUCGCCUUUGAGUAUGAAAAGAGAGCAAAGAAGGACAUGAUAACAGCCCUGAAGGGUGCCCUCUCUGGCUCCCUGGAGCAUGUGGUUCUGGGCCUGAUGAAGAGUACUGCUCAGUAUGAUGCCACAGAGCUCAAAGGUUCUAUGAAGGGUUUGGGAACUGAUGAAGAGACCCUGAUUGAGAUAGUCUGCUCACGGAGCAACGACGAACUGAUGGACAUCAAAAGUGUUUACAAGGAGUUGUUCAAGAAGGAGCUAGAGAAGGAGGUCUCUGGUGACACCUCAGGGGAUUUUGCAAAGCUGCUUCUGGCUCUCGUACAGACCAAGAGAGAUGAGCCAACAAACAUUGUGGACUAUGAAAAGAUUGAUCAGGAUUCAAGAGCUCUAUACGAAGCAGGUGUGAAGAGGAAGGGGACUGACGUGGCCACCUGGAUCUCUAUCAUGUCAGAGAGAAGUGUGCCCCACCUACAGAAAGUCUUCGAUAGGUACAAGAGCUACAGUCCCUACGAUAUGAAGGAAAGCAUCAGGAAGGAAGUGAAGGGAGAUCUGGAGAAGUCCUUCCUCACUCUGGUUGAGUGCUUUGAAAACAAGCAGUUGUACUUCGCUAACAGACUCAGCGAAGCUAUGAAGAGCAAAGGGGCCAAGGAGAAGGUGGUGACCAGAAUCAUGGUGUCUCGCUGCGAGGUGGAUCUCAUGAAGAUCCGCACUGAGUUUAAGAAGACGCAUGGGAAGUCCCUCUACCAGACCAUCGCUGAGCACACUAAAGGAGACUAUCAGAAGGCCCUGCUGAGUCUGUGUGGAGGGGAUGACUAAAAACUACACUCCCCAUCUCCAUACCUUGUCCCAGAGGUAUGAUGAUGCCCUGGUCUCAUUGGAGGAAGGUCUCUAGUGAUACAAACAAUGAAGACAGCACUGUAAUGAUCAUUAGGUUUCAAGCAAGUGCUUGUUCAACUCUUGUCCGAAUUGACUACAGUAUUAGAGGUCCUGAUUUUUCAAAGAUGUCGUCCCUUUUUUCUGUGAAGACAAGAUGAUCCCUGGGAUACCAACUGAAGAAUACAUUAUUAAUGUUUAAAACCAUUAUUCACUCAUAGUACGUUUUGUAUCUAGGACCGUAUUGUUUUACUUUAAAAGUAAAAGCUCACAUUUCAAGUA